GCCGGCCGCAAACCGCCGCCGGGACACGCGGCGGACCCACAGCGCCGAGCGGCGGGGGCUGCUGGGGCGCAGGCGCCGCUCGGCGGAGCGGGGCUGCCCCCCCGGAACGAAGGCGAAUCCCGAUGGAGCGGGCUGGCGCCCCCGCCCCCGCACGGCGGGGCUGAGCCCAGCGCUGCGGCGGGGGGAGCGGGGAGCUCCUCAUCUGCUCUUCCCUCGCAAACGGGGCGGCUCUGCGCCCGCUGCCUGCCCCCAGCGCGGGCCUUUCGGGUGGUACUCGUUGCAGGGCGAACAGCCCGCACGUCCGCCCCUACUGUAUUCUUGGGACGCAGCCCAAAGAGAGAUGCCUCUCUUCGGGAGCACCUUCAGCCCUAAGAAGACCCCACCGCGGAAGGCCGCCUCGCUGUCCAACCUGCACUUGCUGGACAGAUCCACCCGCGAGGUCGAGCUGGGCCUGGAGUACGGCACCCCCACCAUGAACCUCACUGGGCAGAGCCUCAAGUUCGAGAACGGCCAGUGGGUGGCAGAAUUAGGAAGCUUCACGGGAGACCGCAGGGAAAUGCAGCGCUUGCGCAAACGCAACCAGCAGCUGGAGGAAGAAAACAACCUCCUUCGUCUGAAGGUGGAUAUUCUGCUGGACAUGCUCUCUGAGACCACUGCCGAGUCCCACCUGAUGGAGAAGGAGCUGGAGGAGCUGAAAAGUCACAUCCGGAGGAGGAAGUGAAAGAUGGUGGCUGGGGGAGGAGGGAGCAGGAGGUCUUGUGAGACCUUCCCUGUUCCU